UUUUACGUCCAUGCACCAUCAACUGUUAUAAUCAACGGCCUCAAAAGUCCGGAAUUGCUCCCCCUAAGACUAUCUUUUUUUGUCUCCUCCACAUCGCAUAGAAGAAUUCGGAAGGGACUGGCAAGGAAGAAAUGGACAUUUCCAACCCGAGGAGGAUCCUGGCAGCCAGCCUGGAAGGUUCAGAGUCGCAUCUGAGCCGUGUUAUCAAAGAUCUCACGGGCACAUCUCCAGAAUCCCCCUCAGCCUCACUAGCAGGUAUCACACACGAACUUGAGCUCAAAACAUCAUAUUACACAGCUUCCAUCCCAAUCUGGCUGGAUGUCAUUGCCUCACCUUCAGAAUGGGCCUCGUCGUUUCUAUCCGAAGAGGCCCGCGAGGUCCUUGCCGUUUUAGGCGGCCUCGUCCUCGUUUUUGCGAUACCGAAUGAGAAGCCUGCUGCUUUGACCGCAGAUGACCAACCUCCCAGUCUGAUUCGACAUGUGGGCAGUGUCGUUCAGAAAGGUCUUGGUGGGUGGGAAUGGGAUGGAGUUCGGCUCGCUAUUGGCAUUGGCGAGGGCGAAGCCGAUGAGUGGGAUGAGCUGUGUGCGGAAGCUGGACUAGAGUUUGUGCAGCUGAAAAGCGGUCAGAUGGAUAAGAACGAAUUUGGAGGUAUCCCCCGUGUCAAGGAAGCUCUGGAGUCAAACGAUUGGGAGCAGGUAGAUGGCGGUGAUCCGCUAUCUAACUUUGACGAGGCGUAUUCCGACAAGUCUGACGGUGCAGAGGAUUUCGACCCAGAGAGCUUGGACUUUGGCGUCGACCGUUCUGAUUUCGAAGGCCUGCGUAUGGCGAUAUGGGAGACGAGUCAUCGCGAAACAGGUGAUUCCGAAAAUGCCGACCCAGCUAAAGCUACGCCGGAUCAACCAAAAGCUCCGGAUGCAGCGGGAGGCUCUGCCGCCGAUACCAAGGAGGAAGACCGUGAACUUGGCGACGAGGACAUUGCCAAAGUAGAAAAGAUGAUGAGAAAGCUUCAAGCAGCUAGGGAAAUGGGGGAGGGCAUGGGUGAGGCACAAAGAAAGCGACUGGCGGCUAGGGCGGUGGAGGAGGUGAUGCGAGAGCUUUGAAAGCCACGAGCUGAUGCAUUUUUCUUCUUCUUUUUCUAGACUUACAGGCUAAUAAAUGUCUCAGUUGCCGGAGAUCCGUUACCUCAUGUUGAUUUUUCAUGCUGAAUUGGCGGUAGAGUCUCAUGGCAUAAUGUGCACCAGCAUGCGGGGAAUUCUGUGGUAUGGACUCUAUUUACUUGACCUGUUAGGCCUUCCAUGGAUCCUCGUGCUGUGUAGUUUUUAUACACUACUGGCAUAUCUCGCCAAGUUCAAGACACCUUACAGUCUUUGCGGAAUUUAGUAAUACAGCUUACUACAUCAAAUAAGUUGGAGUGUAAAUAUUGCCACGAUGGCCGUGGCUAGCUGCAAGGGGCUGCCAUCAAGCAUCAUGCCAAAGCGUGACAAGUGAGACAUGCGCA